AUGAGCUCCGGCGGAAGCUCCUCGGUUGGCGCAUGGCCGCCUAGCCGACCGUCCAAGAGAAGUAAAAUGCGCAAUGGCACAUUCAUCAUUCCCAGCACCGGCGAACGCUCCAGACGGCAGUUUACGCUCCGAACAUCCAGCAGCAUACUGUCAGGAAGCAGCGGUAGCCGGCUUGAGCGACGAUCAUCAAUGGGACAGGCUACCGACAGGAUUCGCUGGUCAGCGCAGGUCGCAAAGGAAAAGUCCAAAUCUGUAUGGCAAUGGCUAAACUCACGCGACGGCCACCAGGUGCUCAAGUGUACGCUGGCGUACCUCCUUGGCAGCACUGCUACCUUUUGGCCGCUUCUGUCCGACUUUCUAGGCCAUCGAGAUGGCAAACACAUUGUUGCUACUCUGACGGUCUACUUCCAUCCGGCGCGUACCAUGGGCUCCAUGCUAGAAGCUGUUUGGAUAGCCGUAAUAGCUGUAGCGUACGCUGAGAUUGUUUGCCUCUUGUCCAUGGCGGCAGGGAUUGCUUCAAGAACGAGCACCGGCUCUGUUGUCCCAGCACAUGCGGUAGUACUCAUCAUUUUCGUCGGCGGGGGACUAGGAUUCGUUGGAUGGGUUAAACAGAAGAUGAACCAGCCGCUUGUCAAUGUGGCCACCACGCUGGCAUCCAUGGCCAUUAUUUCCGUCAUCACCAAGGAAGAAUCAGUGCAGGACGGUUACUUCUCUGGAGACAAGAUUGUCCAAGUGGUCAAGAUGUUGGUCGUGGGCAUCAUAUUCUCCGUGGCUGUAAACCUGCUCGUUUGGCGACUAUCUGCCCGUCGUGUCUUGAGAGAAGCCGUCAACACAGCGUCAGUUUGCAUGAGCGAUCGACUGUCCUUCAUCACCCGCGGCUUCCUAAACGGGACAGACGACGAGAUCAAUUCUCCAGAUUACGCGCAAGUGAGAAGUCGCUAUGAUUCAGCCUAUAUGGAAAUGUCCAAGAGUUUACGAGAGGCCAAACUGGAGCACUACCUCUUGGGUCGGGAAAAGAUUUACCAGCUGGACAAGCGUCUUUUUAAAGCUGUUGAAUCCGUGUAUCAGGCAAUUGGCGGUUUGCGAAGCUCGCUAUCCACUCAAAUCGAUCUUCUAAAUGAAGCACCACUGGUGUCACAAGAACCCGGCAUCAUCUCACCUGGAGCGUCGGCCUUGUCACCGAGAUUCAGACGCACAGCUUCUUUGCUCCUAGACGGUGCGGGUGACUCCUUGUCUGUCAUUGAGGAAGACGACGAGGACCAGAGGUUGACAUUACUCGCUCAGUCUGAGCCAAACCUCAUCACAUCGUCCGUGUUCCAAACUCCAUCAGACAUAUUUUCACUCUUCAUCACAAUGCUCGGACCGUCACUCAAGUCCCUGGCCUACACGCUGUCCGAGACGCUCCGAGAGUCGCCCUUUGGAGACGACCCUGUGACCGAAGUUAAAGUCAACGAUCACCUGCGAGAAAGCCUCCGAGACGCACUUCACCUGUUUAAUCGCGCCAAAAGCAACGCACUGCAGGAACUGUACAAGACGAUCGAGCUAGGCCGCUCGCGCUCAGAAGCAAUUCAAGCCGACAUUGAAGAAGUCGCCGCCGCGUGUGGCCACUUCUCCUUCAGUCUGCAGGCCGUAGCAGACGAAAUGGACCUGUAUCUAGACGUUCUCGAAGAACUGCAGCACAUCACCGAAACGCACACCCGCAGCUGGGAGUGGCUCAAAUUCUGGAAGCGCACACCGCAGCCAGCCUCAUGCCCGCCUGCUGACCCGGAGUGCGAAUCUCUCCUCCAGAAGAGAAAGGAUACAGUCCGUGGGUUGAGGAAGUCAGCCACGCCCAAGGGAAUACCGGAUUCUAUGAGAAAACGGCGAGACUCUUACCACUGGGACGCCUCACCCAGCGCAAGCUCUUUCCAGCGCACCGUGUCCCAAAAGGUGCUGGGCGUGAUGCGAUUCCUAGCCCGAGAAGAUAUUCUAUUCGGCAUCAAGGUCGGCAUUGGCGCCGUCCUCUGGGCGCAAUUCGCAUUUAUACCCGCUACGAGACCCAUGUACCAGCACUGGCGAGGAGAAUGGGGCCUCCUGUCUUACAUGAUUGUUGUGGGUAUGACGACCGGCGCGUCAAACACGACGUCCACUUCUCGUCUGAUUGGAACCCUCAUGGGCGCUGCCUGUGCCUGUAUAUCAUGGAUCGUCAGUCAGGGAAACGCAUAUCUCCUCGCGCUAUUCGGAUGGAUCAUGGCCCUCUGGAACUUUUACAUGAUUCUCAUCAUUAAAAACGGUCCGCUUGGCCGCAUCGCCCUGUUGGCGUACAAUGUCAUCGUUCUCUACGCAUAUAGUAUAUCGCAAGACGUUGACGAUGACGACGACGACGAAGGCGGCAAGAACCCCCUCAUCUUCAAUAUCACCUACCACAGAGUCGUGGCCGUCGUGCUAGGCAUCAUAUGGGGCAUGGUCAUCUGCAGAUUACUCUGGCCCAUAUCCGGACGCAAGAAGUUCAAGGAAGGAUUGUCGGUGCUGUACCUCCAGCUUGGGCUAAUUUGGAAGCGAGGACCGCUUGGUAUUCUCAUCGCGAGCAACAACACCCUCGAUUACAUGAAGGAGGGGGAGCAAGUUGCUCUCCAGCGAUAUGCUUUCAAACUGGAAACCCUCCGCAACUCGGCAAAAUCCGAAUUCGAACUUCGCGGCCCGUUCCCCGACGCAGCAUACGCGCGAAUAAUGCACUCCACAAAGCACAUCCUCGACUCCUUCUACGCAAUGCGUCUACUCACACAGCGUCACGAAACAGUAUCAGCAGGCGAGCGCGCCCUGCUGGUGUCCACUACUGACGAACGCGUCCGUCUAUGUCAACGCAUCUGCCACGUAUUGCAGGUCCUAGCCUCGUGCAUCAUGCUCGAGUACCCCCUUACAGACGCCAUUCCCACAAUCGACUCAACAAAGGACCAGCUGCUCGGCAAGAUAUACCAGUUCCGCAAAGAUCACAUGCGCAGCCAGGAAGAUGACGAUGGGGAGAAUGGAAAUCUGAAAAAGGCAAUGGAGGUGGUCGAGGAGAAGGACUAUGCGUUGCUGUAUGCGUAUACACUUGUUACGGCGCAGGUGGCAGCGGAGUUGAAGAAGGUGAGGCUCGAGAUUGAGGGCUUGUUUGGUGUUUUGGGCGAAGAUGAAUUGCUGUUGGAAUAG